UUUAUUAAUGCAAAUCAUCAACAAUAAGGAUUAGAUUGAGAGAAACGAGUUGGUGUUGAAAGAUGAGAGACGAGGGGAUGAGGUACACUCAGGUCUACUCAUCUACUCAUAUAAGAACAUCGUAACCGGUAGAUUUUUAUUCAUUCUGUUUUUAUCUGUAAGACCUGUUGUACCUCUCGCAAUAAAAAAAAUGAAAUCGUCAAUUGUGUUACUGCUGGCUUUUGCUGCAGUAGCGGUGAGUAAAGAUAUUGUUGCUGUUGUUAAGCUUAUGCCACAUGACAUCACCAAAUUUGUCACUGGAAAUCUCAAAUUCGUUCAAAGCAAUCCCACUGGACCUGUUACUAUUACUGGAACAAUAAAUGGACUCACUCCGGGUAAACAUGGGUUCCAUGUUCAUGAAAAAGGAGAUCUUACAGACAACUGCACUACUACUGGCGGACAUUUCAAUCCAACAAAUCAAGCUCAUGGAGCGCCAACAGACACUAUUAGACACGUUGGAGACCUUGGAAACAUUGAAGCUACAGCUCAAGGUGUUGCCACUGUAAACAUUGUUGACAAAAUGAUCUCUCUGUCUGGACCAAACGGCAUUAUUGGACGCGCUGUUGUUGUUCACUCGGGUGUUGAUGAUCUCGGUAAAGGAGGUCAUGAAUUGUCCAAGACAACUGGAAACGCCGGAACACGCUGGAGUUGUGGAGUCAUCGGUAUUAUGUAAGCGGAAUACAUCAGCAAGGAGCUAUAUUUAUCUUUGGAUAACACUAAAAAUUUUUAACUCUAA